CUGACACUAGGGAGCUGCAGAAGAUAUCAUAUGACCCUAGUUCCGCUCUAUCAGUGUCUGAUUUCACUGACCUCCCCAGUGCCCAGGAACAGCUCUCCUCUGUAAUGAACACCGUGCUAACCAGGGCCACGCCCAUCACACCACCAAAAACUGUGGAGAGACAGCCAGCAGGAAAAGAUAUUGUGUUCUUGUUGGAUGGAUCUGAUGGUACUAGAACUGGCUUCCCAGCUGUGAAAGACUUUGUCCAAAGAGUUGUAGAGACACUCAGUGUGGAUGACAACAAAGACCGUGUCUCAGUGGUUCAGUACAGCAAAGAGCCAGCUGCCCAAUUCUAUCUGAACACGUACACCACAAAAGGCGACAUCCUUGACACUGUCAGAGGAUUGAGGCACAAAGGUGGAAGACCCCUCAACACUGGAGCAGCUCUCCAGUACUUGAGGGAUAAUGUCUUCACGGCCUCUGCUGGAAGCAGGCUCCAGGAAGGAGUCCCACAGGUCCUAGUUUUGAUAAGUGGUGGAAGGUCUUUUGACAGUGUUGAUGCACCAGCCUCUGCUCUCAAAGAGCUGGGUGUCUUGACCUUUGCAAUUGGAACCAGGAGUGCUGAUAGCAAAGAACUGCAGAAGAUAUCCCACGACCCCAGCUAUGCACUAACUGUGUCUGAAUUCACUGACCUUCCCAAUGUCCAACAACAACUUCAGUCCUCCGUGGAGGCUGUGGUUAUCGAGGUCUCCCCAGAAUCACCACCUGUUCCUGUCGAUACUGCCAAAAAGGAUAUCGUUUUCCUCCUGGAUGGUUCUGAUGGCACACGGAAUGGCUUCCCUGCCAUGCUUGAUUUUGUUAAGAGAGUGGUGGAGAAAUUGAAUGUAGGACCUAACAAUGACCGUGUCUCUGUGGUCCAAUACAGCAGAGAUGCAGAGAUCCAUUUCUAUCUGAACACAUACACCACAAGACAGGAUAUUUUGGAUACAGUCAGAGGGCUGAGACAUAGAGGAGGCAGACCCCUCAACACCGGGGCGGCCCUCCAAUACGUCAGGGACAACGCCUUUACAAACUCCUCCGGGAGCAGGCGCCUGCAAGGUGUUCCACAAAUGUUGAUCCUGCUAAAUGGUGGAAGGUCUUUUGACAAUGUAGAUACCCCAGCCUCUGCUCUCAAACAGCAGGGUGUCUAUGUGAUAGGCAUUGGCACAAGGAACUCUGACACUAGGGAGCUGCAGAAGAUAUCAUAUGACCCUAGUUCUGCUCUAUCACUGAACAUGUCUGACAUUUUUUAUUCCCUAGUGGAGAGACAGCCAGCAGGAAAAGAUAUUGUGUUCUUGUUGGAUGGAUCUGAUGGUACUAGAACUGGCUUCCCAGCUGUGAAAGACUUUGUCCAAAGAGUUGUAGAGACACUCAGUGUGGAUGACAACAAAGACCGUGUCUCAGUGGUUCAGUACAGCAAAGAGCCAGCUGCCCAAUUCUAUCUGAACACGUACACCACAAAAGGCGACAUCCUUGACACUGUCAGAGGAUUGAGGCACAAAGGUGGAAGACCCCUCAACACUGGAGCAGCUCUCCAGUACUUGAGGGAUAAUGUCUUCACGGCCUCUGCUGGAAGCAGGCUCCAGGAAGGAGUCCCACAGGUCCUAGUUUUGAUAAGUGGUGGAAGGUCUUUUGACAGUGUUGAUGCACCAGCCUCUGCUCUCAAAGAGCUGGGUGUCUUGACCUUUGCAAUUGGAACCAGGAGUGCUGAUAGCAAAGAACUGCAGAAGAUAUCCCACGACCCCAGCUAUGCACUAACUGUGUCUGAAUUCACUGACCUUCCCAAUGUCCAACAACAACUUCAGUCCUCCGUGGAGGCUGUGGUUAUCGAGGUCUCCCCAGAAUCACCACCUGUUCCUGUCGAUACUGCCAAAAAGGAUAUCGUUUUCCUCCUGGAUGGUUCUGAUGGCACACGGAAUGGCUUCCCUGCCAUGCUUGAUUUUGUUAAGAGAGUGGUGGAGAAAUUGAAUGUAGGACCUAACAAUGACCGUGUCUCUGUGGUCCAAUACAGCAGAGAUGCAGAGAUCCAUUUCUAUCUGAACACAUACACCACAAGACAGGAUAUUUUGGAUACAGUCAGAGGGCUGAGACAUAGAGGAGGCAGACCCCUCAACACCGGGGCGGCCCUCCAAUACGUCAGGGACAACGCCUUUACAAACUCCUCCGGGAGCAGGCGCCUGCAAGGUGUUCCACAAAUGUUGAUCCUGCUAAAUGGUGGAAGGUCUUUUGACAAUGUAGAUACCCCAGCCUCUGCUCUCAAACAGCAGGGUGUCUAUGUGAUAGGCAUUGGCACAAGGAACUCUGACACUAGGGAGCUGCAGAAGAUAUCAUAUGACCCUAGUUCUGCUCUAUCAGUGUCUGAUUUCACUGACCUCCCCAGUGCCCAGGAACAGCUCUCCUCUGUAAUGAACACAGUGCUAACCAGGGCCACGCCCAUCACACCAACAAAAGCUGGUAAGAAAGUGACAGAUUUUUAUUUUCCAAGGUCAUGGUAGGAUGCAAAUUGAACAGUAUGACAGUGUAUUUAUUGUAGCUGAGGCAAGCCAGCAGCACUCUGAGAAUACAUUUGUUCCAGAUUAUACAGAGUACAUUGUUAAAUUCCAGGUUAGCUUUGGUCAUCUGACUUUCACAUGGAAAACAUUUGACACAUGAACCUGAACAUGUCUGACAUUUUUUAUUCCCUAGUGGAGAGACAGCCAGCAGGAAAAGAUAUUGUGUUCUUGUUGGAUGGAUCUGAUGGUACUAGAACUGGCUUCCCAGCUGUGAAAGACUUUGUCCAAAGAGUUGUAGAGACACUCAGUGUGGAUGACAACAAAGACCGUGUCUCAGUGGUUCAGUACAGCAAAGAGCCAGCUGCCCAAUUCUAUCUGAACACGUACACCACAAAAGGCGACAUCCUUGACACUGUCAGAGGAUUGAGGCACAAAGGUGGAAGACCCCUCAACACUGGAGCAGCUCUCCAGUACUUGAGGGAUAAUGUCUUCACGGCCUCUGCUGGAAGCAGGCUCCAGGAAGGAGUCCCACAGGUCCUAGUUUUGAUAAGUGGUGGAAGGUCUUUUGACAGUGUUGAUGCACCAGCCUCUGCUCUCAAAGAGCUGGGUGUCUUGACCUUUGCAAUUGGAACCAGGAGUGCUGAUAGCAAAGAACUGCAGAAGAUAUCCCAC